AUGGGAUUAAUUGGAUGGAUUAAAAAAGAAAUUGAGUCGACAUCAAGGCAGCGUCGUCAAAGUGCACCACCGCCAAUUCAAAAUUUACAGUAUCAGGAUCCAGCGUAUCGAAGGGCAAUUGAGAAGUUUCGUGAAUAUCGACAUAGUGGGAGGUUUGAACGCCUUAAUGAGACAAAGAAUACAAGCACAGCCACACAAUUAGAUGUAACGGCAACAAAUAAUAAUAAUAAGACAGUUGAUUCAGUGUCCAUCACAGAUGUUGAGAUUCAAGCAUAUGAACGUGAGCGCUUAAAAAGUCAUCGUAAGCAUAACAGUCACAAGCAUGAUAGCAGUAAGACUGACGCUAUUUAUACUAACUGUAAUCCUGAGGAAGUUGGUAGAAAUAAGCGUUUUUCACUUCCGAUAAUACAUGACUCAACAGUACAUAAUAAUGGACGCAAUAAAAAUGCCAAGAAAUUGCAACCAACAAGUACAAUAGAUGAAAUUGAAGAGUUUGAACAGAAUCAUUGUAAUAGAAUUGACGACGAGUCAUUUGGAAAUUCAAUUACGACACCGCCAUCAAAAUUUUAUCAUAAUAAUAGCGAUCCAUAUGAUUCAACAGCUAAAAAGACAGUCGAAAGUGCUACAAAGCCAACACCGAAGAGAUUAAUGGGAAAGAAUAUGUUAAAACGCAAUAAAGGGAAAGCUCCACAGCCUCCACCGCUGAUUAUAAAUGGAAAUAAAGGAUAUGCAGGAACAGAAUCAACAGUGAAUUUUUAUAAUGGAAACUUUAAGCGCUAUGAUGUGAGUACAGCCUCGGUUGAUGACGAGUUUGUGAUUUCUUCGAAAGCUUAUAAAGGUAGAAUGAGAAAAGAGCAUCCGGAAAAUAUAAAUUCCGUUGGUGAAAGUGCAAGUAGUGGUUCUUUAUCAUCCGAUACCAUCAAUGAAAAUAAUUUGAUAAAGAAUCGUCGUCUAUCUCUGCUUAAUUAUCAGACAGUAAUCAAUAAGCAUGGAGAGGAAGUUGAAUAUGCUCUACCUUACAAUGAACGUGAUUCUACUCUUGAUUUACCUCCUUUGCCUGUCGCUCCAAUUCCUAACUCCACACAACAUCAAAUCUCAGCACAAUUUGAUCAACUUAUUGAUCAAAACUUUAAAUUCCUUAACUCAAAACUUGAUUUUCUUAAUUCUCAAAUUGAUGUUGGCGAAGACGCACAAAAAGUUUUUCAGUCGAUUGACAUCCAUGAACGUCAAAAUGUUCAAGUAACUGAUUUAGAUAAAUCUAAUGAAUGUGGACUUGCAUUCCCAAUGCAAACUGGUGACAUUAUGAAAGAUUUAGAUGCUCUAUCCAAAUGGACACAACAUUUCGAGAAGAAUGAUCGAAAUUUAUCGCCAAUUCAGGAAUGCUAUGUUGCUCAAAAAGGCGUUAAAGUGUUCAAUGCUGGUGACAUUAAGUAUAAGCCUGGAUCUUUAAGGAACUCAUUCUCAACACCUCUAGAAUUCUCAAACGGAUAUUUUCAUCAGACACCGAUUACAAUGAGAAGCACACUGCCUAAUAAUUACAGUAUUAGUAACUUUGCCGAUAGUGGAUGUAAACAUGAAUUUGAAAUUUUGUGUCAAGUUAAGCACUUAAGCAUCGUUACAUUGAUGGGAAUAAGCUUCGACAAGGAUUUGCGUGUUACGUCUUUGAUCAUGGAGCCGUUUGACUACACAUUGAAUCACUACCUACAUCAAAUGGAUAAAUUCUACAAUAUCCAACAAACCGUAUCGAUAAUCCAUCAAAUUGCAAGCGCUACACAAUACCUCAAUGAAUGCGGUUUUAUACAUUCAAACAUAAGCAGUCAUGCUGUUCUCAUUCGUGAAAAUCCAUUUGCUGUUAAACUUUCAUCAUUUGAAUUAGUUACUGAAAUUUUGCCACGUGAAAUGACUGGAAAAUUUUAUGAGAUGCAAAAAGUUAAUGCUGACAUGGACAUUUACAGUCAUGAUAUUACGAGAGAUGAUUUGGCUGCUGAAAAGUAUGGAAAAUUGUCAAAGCAACAUUUCUACAAUCGAACAUCAUUGCCAAUUUCGAGAUUUGAGGAUGACAUUCAGGAUAAUGAUGAAGAGUCUAAUUUGCCUUAUUCAGUUGCUUACCGAAGAAUGUAUUCAAUGCAUUUUUAUCAAGCUCCCGAGUUGCUAGUUCCAACAAAUAAUAACUCUGUUAAAUAUGUUCGACCAACAAUUAAAUCCGAUAUUUAUGGUUUGGGAUUAAUGUUGUGGGAAUUGAUUAAUCGAGUUGUUCCUUAUGUUGUUUAUAAUCACGAUGAGCUGAUAAGUGGAUUAAUUAAAGGAAAAAUCCAAUUACCAGUUCUCGAUAAAAGUUCCAUUAUUUUUAAGGAAAUAUUUGAAAGCUGUUUGCAUGCCGACUUCAAAUAUCGAUUACCAAGCGUAUCUACAUUCAUUAUAAUGCUUGAAGAUCUCCAAUUACUCGGCUAUGAAAAAGACAAAAUUGAGGUUUUGGAGAUUAUUGAGCCAAGACAAGAAAAUAAAUCCGAAAAGAAUAUUAAGAAUUCAGAUCAACGUGAUAAGUUGCGUGAAAAAAUUUACUUCUCAAAGACUGAAAUUAAUGAUCCACAAAAGAGAUUCGAGAAUGCCUUAACAACUGAGAAUCUUAUUGAUAUGGGACUUCGUGACACGUCACAGAAAAUCUCGGAAUCAGUACAAAGUUCUGAAAUUGAGGCAAAUAUAAUGUCAUUCAGUCAACAAGCUCCUGGAAUUUUACAAGAUGAUGCUCUCGAUAGAAUUCGUAAGACAGUUGAAAGUCAACGAGAUUUUACACCGAAGAAGCCGAGCCGCAAGAGAGAUGAAGAACAUCUUGAGCACAGCAAAAACUCGACAAUGUUUCAAAGUUUCUUUGGCUUUGAUCGUCUACAGACACCAAAAGUUGACAAGGAUGUGAUUUAUGAACGAACAAGUACGCUAAAGAAAAGGUUAAAAGCAGGUGCUUCAACUGGAAAUAAAAAGUCAGUUAAAGGAUUAUUUGAUGUAAAGCCUGAAGUUUUUGAAGAAAAACCAGAAAAUGUUGACGAAAAGAAAGUUUUAAGGGAUCAAUUUGAGAAGAUGAAUGAUGAAUUAAACUUGAUUAUUAGUAACUAUAAUAAAAGUGACUUUAUGCAGGAAAUCGUAAAAGAAAUUCAAGAUCGUGGAAAAGCAAAGAAAGACAAUGGAUUGUCGUCAUUUCUUAACAAAGGAAUUCAGGACAAUAACAAUUUAAGUCGUUCAUUUGAGGAACUUCCAAAGAAUGACCAAGCAGUUGAAUUUGUUGGAAUUAAACGCAGUGAAAGUGAUGCUUGUGGUUCAAAUUUGCAUCGAUAUCCGUCCAAUGAUUCAUUUUCCCUUCCAUUAACUCCAAUUGCACGUCAAAAUAUGAUUCGUAGAAAUGCAUGGCUUUCUGAUAAUCAGCGACAUCAUUCAAGUACUCACAUAUCUGAUGAUAUUGCCAAGCGUAGCAUAAAGUUUACUAACAGUUCACUACUAAAUGACUCAAAGGCACCAAAUCUGAAACAGUACAAUGUGAAUAUUAAGAUCCAUCAUAAUGAUCUCGAUGCUCAUAAUACAACACCAAAAAGUACUAAUCUUAAUCAGUCGCAAUCAAAUUCGUCGUCUGUAAAUAUCAAAUUGUAUAAUUCAGGAAGUAAAUUGUCACCAAUUGUAAAAAUUAAUAAUAUAGAUCUCAAUAAGACAAGUUACACUGAAGAUAUCAAUAAGAAGUAUUAUCCAUUAAUGCCAGAAAUGUUAAGCGAUGCCAUACAAAAUAAACGUGAUCGAUCGUUUCUGCAGACGACACAAUUUGAGGAAGAACGUAAUAAGAUAAAUCAUGAAAAGUCAUUAGAGAUUUUUGAGCCACAAGAAUUGCCAACGAUUGACGAUGACGAUGAUGAUGAAAUUGAAGAAAAAGUUAUAAUUCCACUUCCAAUGAGUGUACGAGAUACAGUCAAACUAAUUGAGACAACAUAUAAUCCAAAUUCAAAAGUAGACAUUGUAAAACAUCCAUCAACAAAUCAUGAUGAUGGGAAUAAAUAUGAGAAAAUAUGUGAAGAGACACAAACAGAAGAAUGUGAAUUUCCAGCAUUAACAAAAGAGAAUUGCGUAGAUGAUGGAACGGAAUGUCUUAUGCAAGCAUCGGAAUCAAUUCAAAAAUUGGAGAAUUUGCAAAUUAAUAAUGACACGCCAAAAGUUAAAAGAUUGGAAAAUCUUGUGAAUCAAUCAACGACAUCGACACAAACGCCAAAGAAAAUCACGACAAAAGUUACGUUGAAUUUAAAGAAGAUUACUGGACGAUCAAGUGAUGUUACGCAUUUAAAGCAUGUACAGGAACAAGUAAUAAAUAAUGCUGAGAUUUUUAAGCGAUUUCAAGCUCAUUUUAAGGGAAAAGAAUCAAUGUUGACUUGCAAAAAUGACCAAAUAUCAGCCAGCUGUAGUAGCUUAGUCUCAAAGGACUGCAAUGAAGAAAUGAUGGUAACAAAUGCUGGACAUAAGUAUUUUUGUCGCAACUGUGGGUUUACAAUGAUUCCGGCCGAGAUUCUGCAAAAACUUCAAAAUUCGGGUAGAUUCUCGAUUGCAUCAAGCAUAGCCGAUAGUCUCCAAUCAAUUAAAUAUGAUGAGAGUUUACAAUCUCUUGCUGCCAUUCGGAAAUGUCAACAGCUUGCGGAAACACGUUCGACUGAGGAUUUGUACAUUGAUGAUGAUUUCUGUCAAGGGAUAACUCAAAGCUUGGCAGCAAACAUGGAACUUUUACCACCGCCAGAUUUCUUUGACACAAUUGACUUUAAUAUUUUAUCAGCUGAAAUUUUUCAUACUCAGGAGCAUGAUUUUGAUGAUACAUUGAAAGAUGAUGAAGAUGAUAAUUUGGAGCAAAUUGAAUGGAAUGAGAAGCAUGACGUAGAAGACAUUAAUAUGUCACACAAUGAAUCGUUGCAUGUUGAUGAUGUUGUGCCAAUUUGUGAUGAAAAAAUCAAGGAAAUUAUGAAACAGGAUGAACCAAAGGUUUAA